AAAAAAAAAAAAAAAACAGCUUUAUAGAACUGGGUUUUUCGUAUAAAAAGUGGGUAUCGAUAGUUGAAGGCGGUUCUUUUUUCCUUCUUCAGAACAACCGUUACAUCAAUCUCAAUUUACUACCGCCUACAAAUUAGGGUUUUCUGCUUUACAAGAUCUUUGGAGUUGUGAAGAGAAAAUGGCGUUGGGGAAGAAAUGUGGGUUGAAUAUGACGAGAAUAAAUGGAGGAUUUGGUUUAGGGUUAGUUAGGAGUACAUCAUUUGGGAGGAAAAGGAUUGCUUUAUCAAAUAGUGUAGAGAUUGAUUCCACUGUAACAACUCCCACAAAGAAACAGUGUUUUAGGAACUCAUUUGUGAGUUCUGAGAGGUCUCUUCUUGAAGCCCUGCCUCAGGACAUUCUGAUUAGGAUACUGUGUGGGGUUGAACAUGAGGACUUGAAGAGGCUGUUUCAUGUAUCAAAAGUGAUUAGAGAAGCUACGUUAAUUGCAGAGCAAUGGCAUUUUGCAUAUAGUACUCCCAGGAAAACAUUGGGUUUCCAAGAUUCUAUUUAUUCGGAGGAUUUUAGUGAGUUCAACGAGGUUGAAGCUCCGAAUGCUCCAAAACAAGCAAGAAUUCGUAGGUCUCGAUUAACUGGGAAGAAGCUGGCUGACAUAUCAGUGGCCUUGUUUGCUUCACCCGACAAAGAUCAGUUGCCAACGAGAGAAUUAUUUAUGGAAAUGGAAACGGAGGCAUAAAGUUAGGGUUAUGUAUAGGCAUUGUUGUUGUUGUUGUUGUUGUACUCAUAGCAUUCGAUUGAGCUGAGGUUUGAGAGAUCUCAUUUCAUUGUACAUGUCAAAACAAUCUUUACAGGCCAUUUUUCUUCAACCCUUUCAUUGAAGAUGGGUUGGCUUGUGUGUAUUUGUUUGUACAUGUAGGCAAAACGGUUUAGGGAUUUGUUGGAGGGCUAUCUUGGCGCUUCUGUUCUGAUAAGGCUUCUUAGGGUGUA